AUGUCAAGCUCAUCAGAUCCACGGGACCCUGCUCUUGAGACGAAGCUCACACUGCCUAGGACAUGGCACGCAGAGUCGCCUGACUCGCUGGGCUCAAUGGGCAUGUUCUUGGCUGGAAUGGUGCUGGUGACGCGUAACAGAUUUAUCGCAUGGCCGGUGCUGCUUCUCGCGGUUGGAGGCGUGUUCAACCAGCACCCACUGCGGACAAAGGAGGGCGGUAACACGCCUUGGGCCAGCCUUGCGAUGGCUGUCUUUGCACUCAUCGUCUCGCACGCGCCUCUAAUGAUGGUGAACAGCCGACCGAGUGGCCCUGUGCCAAUCCAGUAGAGCGUAGUAGCUUACAUGUUAUACUGCAUAUUUAUCAUGUCCCUUGUGUCUCAG